CCAGGUGCUGCCAAGGCGCGCUCGCUCUUCGUUCUGCUCCCGGUCCCGGGUGGAACGCCCGGCCUGCCCCUGCCCCGCUCCGCCCGGAUCAUGCGGGGCGAUCCGGAGGAAGAGAAGGCGAGUGACCGGCCUACGCCGAUCGCAUUCCGGGGGCGCCCUGCUCCCUGAGACGCCCCCACCUGCUGCCAUGUGUCGCCGCCACCCGUACCCGGCCUUGUGCUAAACUUUCCCAGCGCCGGCCCGACUCGGAGUGGCGUUUCGGAGCCGGGUGGCUCGGAGGACGGACGAUCCAGGUUGGCUGCGGACAUCUGUCCCCCAGCGGGACCCGCAGAGACUCCUUUGCUCGGGAUCGGAGCCCUCGCCAGUCUCUUCCCCCCCUCCGGAGGACCCGAGUGGAGGCAGCGCCUUCCCGAAAGCAGUUUAGCGCUGGACGGAUUUCUUUAAGAGAAAAAGAAACCAACAGGUUGCCAGCCCCGGCGUCGACACCCAAGUGUGCGGAGAGGACAGCCCGGGUCCCGGAUUCCUCGGCCUGUGUCGGCCCCUCGCGGGCUGCUCGAGACGAGGGGAGGGAGGGGGGCGAUGGCUCGGCCUGACCCGUGCGCGCCGCCUUCGCUGCUGCUGCUGCUCCUGGCACAGCUGGCGGGUCGGGCGGCGGCCGCCUCCAAGGCCCCAGUGUGCCAGGAAAUCACGGUGCCCAUGUGCCGGGGCAUUGGCUACAACCUGACGCACAUGCCCAACCAGUUCAACCACGACACGCAGGACGAAGCCGGCCUGGAAGUGCACCAGUUCUGGCCGCUGGUGGAGAUCCAUUGCUCGCCCGACCUGCGCUUCUUCCUGUGCUCCAUGUACACGCCCAUCUGCCUGCCGGACUACCACAAGCCGCUGCCGCCCUGCCGCUCGGUGUGCGAGCGCGCCAAAGCCGGCUGCUCGCCGCUCAUGCGCCAGUACGGCUUCGCCUGGCCCGAGCGCAUGAGCUGUGACCGCCUCCCGGUGCUGGGCCGCGACGCCGAGGUCCUGUGCAUGGAUUACAACCGCAGCGAGGCCACCACGGCGCCCCCCAGGUCCUUCCCGGCCAAGCCCACCCUCCCGGGCGCCCCGUCCUCCGGGGGCGAGUGCGCCAGCGGAGGCCCCUCGGUGUGCACGUGCCGGGAGCCCUUCGUGCCCAUCCUGAAGGAGUCGCACCCGCUCUACAACAAGGUGUGGACGGGCCAGGUGCCCAACUGCGCGGUGCCCUGCUACCAGCCGUCCUUCAGCCCGGACGAGCGCACGUUCGCCACCUUCUGGAUCGGCCUGUGGUCCGUUCUGUGCUUCAUCUCCACCGCCACCACGGUGGCCACCUUCCUCAUCGACAUGGAACGCUUCCGCUACCCCGAGCGCCCCAUCAUCUUCCUGUCGGCCUGCUACCUGUGCGUGUCCCUGGGGUUCCUCGUGCGCCUGGUCGUGGGCCACGCCAGCGUCGCCUGCAGCCGGGAGCACAGCCACAUCCACUACGAGACCACGGGCCCGGCGCUGUGCACCGUCGUCUUCCUGCUGGUGUACUUCUUCGGCAUGGCCAGCUCCAUCUGGUGGGUCAUCCUGUCGCUCACCUGGUUCUUGGCGGCCGGCAUGAAGUGGGGCAACGAGGCCAUCGCGGGCUACGCGCAGUACUUCCACCUGGCCGCCUGGCUCAUCCCCAGCGUCAAGUCCAUCACGGCGCUGGCUCUGAGCUCCGUGGACGGGGACCCGGUGGCCGGCAUCUGCUACGUGGGCAACCAGAACCUGAACUCGCUUCGUGGCUUCGUGCUGGGCCCACUGGUGCUCUACCUGCUGGUGGGCACGCUCUUCCUCUUGGCGGGCUUCGUGUCUCUCUUCCGCAUCCGUAGCGUCAUUAAGCAGGGUGGCACGAAGACGGACAAGCUGGAGAAGCUCAUGAUCCGCAUCGGCAUCUUCACCCUGCUCUACACGGUGCCCGCCAGCAUCGUGGUGGCCUGUUACCUGUACGAACAGCACUACCGGGAGAGCUGGGAGGCGGCCCUCACCUGCGCGUGCCCGGGCUCCGACGCGGGCCAGCCGCGCGCCAAACCCGAGUACUGGGUGCUCAUGCUCAAGUACUUCAUGUGCUUGGUCGUGGGCAUCACGUCGGGCGUCUGGAUCUGGUCUGGCAAGACCGUGGAGUCUUGGCGGCGCUUUACCAGCCGCUGCUGCUGCCGCCCGCGGCGGGGCCACAAGAGCGGGGGCGCCAUGGCCUCCGGGGACUACGCGGAGGCCAGCGCUGCGCUCACUGGCAGGACCGGGCCGCCGGGCCCCGCCGCCGCGUACCACAAGCAGGUGUCCCUGUCGCACGUCUAGGAGGAGAAGGAGGAGGAGGCCGAGGCGGAGGCCCGGCCCCCGCCCCUGCACCCGUGCUGGGAGUGGAGGGGGGGGGUUGUUUUGUUG